CUUAUACAGAAAUGCUUCUGGUCCAUGAUCUGUUCUUCAGACACUCGGGGAAAAGGAUCAAACUGAAGAACUGCUGCAACUGCAUGUGGACUUACAACUAUUUCAUCAGGAUUUUGGUUUUCUUCCCUGUGUUUUUCUCAGCAGCUGUCGAUGCAGCGAGAGAAACCAGAGGUGUUUUAUUAAUGGCCGGGGUCAAAGUGUAGCUAAAACACAGUCCCUGUUGAAGAUGAGACUGUGCGUCUGCAGUUCUUCCUUAAUGCUGAUGUGGAGGCUCAGGAUUCUUCUGUUUCUGGCUGCCGUGCAGCUGUCAGGGGCCGACUGUCCCAAAUCAUGUGUCUGUCACGUCCUCGCUGAAGUACAUUGCACCUUCAGAUACCUAACCGCAAUCCCGGACCACUUCCCGGCAGCUGUGGAAAGAAUUAACCUCGGGUACAACAGUAUUACAACGAUAGGAAAUAAUGACUUCAGUGGCUUCGCAAAGUUGCAGCUGUUGCUGUUGCAUAGCAACACCAUACACAGCAUUGACGAAAAAGCCUUCCAAGAUCUCAAAUCUAUACAGGUGCUAAAAAUAUCACACAACAAAUUAAAGGAAAUCAACAAGGAGACCUUCAAAGGCCUGGACAGACUUUUGAAACUAUACAUAGACCACAACCAGAUAGAAUUUAUUCACCCAGAAACUUUGUAUGGCCUGACUAACUUGCAGCUCAUCAAUCUGGAAAGCAACCACCUCCAGCAGCUCCAUCCAGAUACAUUCAUCACAAUGAGACACAGCCAAUUUUUUAAGAUUUCCUCAGUAAAAACUAUUCACUUGUCGGACAACCUGCUGACCACUCUACCCACAGAUAUUUUCUCAGGCUGCUAUCAAUUAGAAAACCUUUUCCUCCAUGGCAACCCCUGGAAGUGUGACUGUCGCAUGAGGUGGCUGUCUACAUGGGCUCAGAGGAACACAGGUGUGCUGAAAUGUCAGCGAGACAGAAGAUAUCCAAAGGGCCAGCUGUGUCCUGUUUGUGCAAACCCUGCCUCUCGCAAUAGACGCCUAACCCUGCUCCACAACGAUGCCUUUAGCUGUACCAAACCAUGGAUCGAAUCUCAUCUAAAGAAGAAAAACAUCAUCCUGGAGGAGGGCGACUUCACUCCAGUUUACCCCAAGGACUUCAUUGCCCCAUUAGGCUCUAUACAACUGAACCUGACUGACCACUUUUACAAGGACGCAAGUCUUUCCUGCACUGUCCAGAGGCCCACUGCGUUUGAGAACCCCACACAAACGUUUGAGGAGGAAGAGGGAAACAAUGUCACUAUGCUUACCACUCACAUAACUACAUAUUUGAUAUGCAACGUUGAUUAUGAACACAUCCAACAGCUCUGGGGGAUUUUAACUGCUUACAGUGACUCACCUUUGAGGCUAGAAAGAGGUUUGAUGCUGGCUCGAACACCAGAAAUGGUGUACAGAUACAGCCAGGUCAAAGAUGAAGAUGAAGAAACAGUCACAAACAUCGAAGCUGAGAUGAAAGCCUCUCCUGCAUGGUUAUUGCAAGGUGAGGUGAGCCUUCAGCUUGACCGAACUUCUACCACCUUCUCUACUUUGCAUAUUAAGUACCAAUCUGUGGUUAACCUACGAUUGGAAAAGAAUCCACCUAAAAAGGACCGCUAUGGAUGGACCAUUAUCAAGCAAGACAAUCAAACAAAGACAGAGCAUGCUGUAAUCACAGGUGGUGUGGCACAGUUGAGCUGUCAUUUAAAGGGUGAGCCAAAGCCUUCGAUGGAAUGGAUUUUACCUGAUGGAAGUAGAGUCAGAGCUCCUUAUUUCAGUCAAGACAGAAGGAUCAUAAUCACUGCUGAAGGAGAGCUAAGUCUUCGGGGUGCCAUUCCAUCAGACACGGGCCUCUACUGGUGCAUCACCACAAAUUACCUGGAUGCAGAUAUCCUCAUGUUCCGUGUGACAGUUCUUCCUCCUGAUGUAGAAGAGAUGGAGGUCAAUGGUCUCCAUCUGUCAGCAUCACUAGGUGACAGUUUGAUUUUUGACUGUGCCUCCUCUGGAAGUCCUGAAGGCUCAGUUUCAUGGAUUCUCCCAGACCACUCAAUACUGUACAGAUCUGAAGGGAACAAAAGGGUUUAUGAAAAUGGAUCAUUAACAAUUCAGGGCCUUACAAAGAGGGAUAGAGGAUUUUACAGGUGUUUGGUUGCAAACCAUCUUGGUGUUGACCUGCUUGUGUAUCAGGUGACAGUCACUGAAGAAAAAAUCAGACUGGAACCAGUUGUGGAAAACGAGGGAUCAGGGAUUGUACUGGAAGUUGAAAUUGAUUCUAGUUUGGAAGGAAAAAUCAUCAGCCAUAGUGAGAUGCCCUCAUCCAGUCCUAACUACAGAAAUAGUCAGGAAUCCCGGACUAUCACCUCAGAUCGACCUUAUCCAAAACCCAGAUUUCAGGGGAGAAGAAAUUUGGGAGGUAGACUGUGGCAAAGAAGAAGAGUGGCAACUCGCAACAAGCAUGUUGAGAGUAGCAGGGUUUUUCAUAAAGCAUCUGAAAAAGUAGAUCCACGAAAAUUUGCAGAAUUGAUGAAAAAAGCUCAGGAAGGAUUAAGAAUAAAGACUGGCCUAAGAGAAGAGAGGGAAAAAUAUGAAAACAAAAGCAAUAGUUUUUCUGAUGGUGGCGAAACUGGGUCUGGUGAAGAUCAUGAUAAUGACCAUUCUGUUUUUAAGUCUGAGGUAGUCAAACCAACCCCACAAACAAUAGCCACCACACAAAAAGGAGAAACUUACAGAGUGACAACAGGUGUACCCAAGAAUCUUGACAUUGAAGAUUCAAAGAGCUAUUAUGGUCAUUCAAGACAAACAACAAAAUAUACAAAUCCAGGAACAACUGAUAAAUCCACAUUCAAACACCUCCCAACUUCAACUGAUUAUUACACUAAAGAAAAAGCCAGCAUUCAUCUGACAAACAUGCAUCCAGAAACUCAGCUGAGGGUUUUAGAAAAGGGCUUUAAGAAGACAGAAACAUCUACAGAGGGGGCACUUUUGAUAAACAAAGGUCCAAAUACUAUUCCAAUGAAGGAUGGAGCAAAACCAGUGGAGCUUGUUGUCCACACAGAUGCUACCAGCCAGACCACUUUCACAGCCAUCACCACCACAGAGAGAUUACAGGACGAGAUUUCCUUCCAUACUACCCAGACAAUAAAAUCUCCAGGGCUACCUGCUGGGUCCACCAUCAUUUCUCAGCAGCAGAUUCAAAUCAUUCCACGUUACAAAGGGAAAGGUCGCAGGAGGACGUUUCAUAGUCACAAGAGAAUCAUUAAACCUGGUAGGAUUAAUGACAUUAAGUCCUUCAUCAAUAGAGUCAAACAACCAACAGUAAGAAAGGAAGAAAAUACUUCUGCUCCAAUUCAAAUUAAUUUGACAACAGAUUGUGACUGUGAUGAAGACAGCAAGAAGACCAAAGUCACUGAUGUCCAGCUUAAAGCACCAAAACCUUCCUUCAGUCCAUAUCUGAGCACAACAGAAAGACUUAAGUCCACUCAAAAAACUUCAACUUCUACCACAAGUGAUGACAUUCAUUCAAAUCGCCCCUUCAUUCAUGGAAGAAAUGCCUCAGAGGUCACACCAGAGGACAUAACAUCUGCUGAUUCCCCUGACAUGAAUGCUACAAGUGAUUCAUAUUUUACUACAAACAAAAAAGUUUCAGCUACCACAACUUCAGGUACUUCUAAGGUUAUUCAUAAAAAAAGUUAUCGGAAACGACUGUUUGGAGGUCGAGAAAGGGCAAAUAAACUAAGCAGAUUAAGAAAACCACCCAUUGCAACAAAAGCCUCAACUACAAAGAAGAUUCCAUCCACAACCACCAUUGUUGCAUCUACCACUAACUCACAGACCAAGAUUGAGAGGCCGCCACUUUCUAGUCAGACACAAAGUAAACAAAGUUCCAUAGAGGACAAGUAUGAACGUUUAGACUCAUCUGACUUUGAACUGAGAACAACAGGAUUCACGUUUUAUCAUAUAACCACAACAAGCUUGCCCUGUUAUUCCAAAAUUGCCACCACUGCUGGAACAAAACCAGAAUUACAGACUCUACCUUCUCCACCCACAGUCAGCCCACAUGUACUUGAAAUUCCUAAGGAAAUAUUGUCAUCUGGGUCUGGGGAAUUACCUGAUAAUGUCAAUAUAAACAGGCAAAGUACUGGUGGGAUCAGGAGAUGGAAAGGGAUGGGAAGGAGGAGGUCAUUCCAGGGCAGGAGAAUCUUGAAGAAACCUGGAACCACAAAAGCAACGCAAACCACCACGACUUUAUUUUCUUCUGCUGAUUUGACAGUCAUGGAAAGUACAAUGGAGGACACCACACAACCUCAACAAAUUGUAUCAUCUUACAGUUCUCUCAACAUACCAUCGAUGAAAAUGAACCAGACAGCAGAAGCAGAUUUCAGCAGUCUUGCUGUCUUUACAACCAACCAAACUCCUUUAGUGACUUUCUCUGCACAUGAGCCAAGUACUACAUUAGUUACUGGCACAUUACACCAGCCAUACACAGCAGCAUCCAACAAAAUUGACAUAAAAAAACAACCCCAGCCACAGAAAAAAAGCCAUGAUACCACCAACAUGUCAGUGAAAAGACUCGUACCUACUUUGCAAAGUGGUGGUGCAAGAAACAGGGAAGAUGAAGAGCUUACCUUUGACAAGAUGACCAUCUAUGAAACUCAGUCAGGAUACAACUUUCCUGUUCCAUUCAACAAAGAGUUGGACCAUUCUAAAUCUACGAUUCAUGAUAAAGUCACAGACAACAAAGCUCCAUCUUUCAGUGCUUCUGGACUUGAACCAAUGUCAAAGGGUAUCAAGAACAAGCCUCGAAUAAUUGGAGGAAACGCAGCUAGUUUUACUGUUUUGUCCAACUCAGAUGCUUUCCUGCCAUGUGAGGCUGUUGGAAACCCUCAACCUGUAAUAACCUGGAUGCGUUUCUCCAGCACAGGAAGCACACUUAGCAUCAGAGGAAAGAUGGGCAAGUUUGACGUGUGGAGCAAUGGUACCCUAUCCAUUCAGAAAGCUAAUAUCAAGGACCAUGGCCAGUAUCUCUGUCUUGCUGAGAAUGAUUAUGGAUCAGAUAAACUUUUGGUUACUCUCUCUGUGGUAGCUUAUCCUUCACGAAUUCUGGAACCAAGAAUGCGAGAAAUCAAAUCUCAUUCAAGAAGCACGGUGGAAGUGACAUGUAAAGCAGAAGGAAGACCAAUGCCCACAAUUUCUUGGAUCUUGGCUAACAGGACUCAAAUCAGGGGUCAAAACCCAGAAAAAGGACGAGUAUCAGUAUCUUCUGAAGGGACUCUUACAAUUAACGAUGUCUCUGUGUUUGACAGAGGUUUUUACAAGUGUAUUGCCAGCAACCCAGCUGGAGCUGAUACCGCUACAGUCCGACUGCAGGUGGUAGCAGCUCCACCAAAUAUUUUAGAGGAAAAGCGUCAACAAUUGAAAGCAAGCUUAGGUCAAAAUCUGUGGCUACCUUGCACUGGCCAUGGUUCCCCUCAGCCAACUGUGCACUGGGUCCUCCAGGAUGGAUCAGUUAUCCUACUUGACAAACCAACCAGUAACAAAAGGACAACUUUGUUUAAAAAUGGAACACUAUCUUUAAGAAAUGUGACUCCUGCACAUAAUGGAAACUAUGAAUGCAUUGCUACUAGCUCUACUGGUUCAGAGCGAAGAGUUGUGACUUUGACUGUAGAGACACAUCAAUCUGCACCUCAGAUCGUGAAGACAUCUGAGCUUGUUACAGAACUGUCUUAUGGGGAACAGCUGAGACUUAACUGCUUAGCAAUGGGUGACCCUAAACCAAAGAUCAUGUGGAGGCUACCAUCUAGAGCGGUUGUUGACCAUUGGCAAAGGAUGGGCAGCAGAAUUACAGUUCUGGAUAAUGGCACUCUCAUUGUGAACACAGUGAUUGAUAAAGAUGCUGGGGAGUAUCUUUGUGUGGCACAAAGCACAGUGGGCGAUGAUCUUCAACUCAUGAGGGUCAGUGUUUCAAUGAAGCCGGCCAAAAUAGAGUCUAAGCUCUACAGAAAGAAGCAAAUACAUUUAGGUAAUGAUCUGAAAGUGGACUGUAAAGCUACAGGUGCACCAAAACCAGAGAUCUCCUGGGGUCUGCCAGAUGGCACAGUAGUUAACAGUGCCCUGCAGGCUGACGAUGGCCACGGAGGAGGACGAGUACGCCGCUAUACUCUGUUCGAUAAUGGGACUCUCUUUGUGAACCAGGUCAGUAUGUCAGAGGAAGGAGACUACACCUGCUAUGCAGAAAACAAAGUGGGAAAAGAUAAGAUGCACGUGCAUAUCACAGUUGUAACAGCUGCCCCCAAGAUACUUGUCCCUAAUCAGACCUAUGCCAAGGUCAAGCCUGGAGGUAAUGUUCGCUUUGACUGUGAAGCCCUUGGGGAGCCCAAACCUAAUAUUCUGUGGAUGCUUCCAAAUAAUGAUGAAAUAGCAGCAUCGAAUGCACAGCACCUAAUACAUGUAAAUGGUUCCCUAGAUAUCAGGAAUGUGAAGCUAACUGAUUCUGGAGAAUAUGUUUGUGUGGCUCGAAACUCUGGGGGAGAAGAAAGAAAAACAUAUAAAUUGGAAAUUGAAGGAAAUCCACCAGUGAUCAAUGGAUUCAGACAAAACAGGACUGUAAUCAAAGAUGUAACUGCAAAGCAUGCCAGAAAACUCAUACACUGCAAGGCUGAAGGUGAUCCUCCUCCAACUAUCACUUGGAUAAUGCCAGAUAACAUUUUUCUUGCUGCACCAUACUUUGGAAGCAGGAUAAAUGUCCACCACAAUGGGACUCUAGAGAUUCGCAAUGUGCGAGCUACCGACACAGCCGAGUUUAUUUGCAUGGCAAGAAAUAGUGGGGGUGAGACAGUGAUGAUAGUACAGCUGGAAGUUGCUAAUAUACUUCGAAGGCCAAUUUUUGAUAACCCUUUCAAUGAGCGCAUUGUGUCCCGGACUGGAAAAACUAUCAUUCUUAACUGCUCUGCUCAUGGGUCCCCAAAACCAGAGAUAGUUUGGACUUUACCAAAUGGAACACGAUUGACUGUUGGGGCAUACCAUGGCUCUCAUCAUCAUCUAAACAAUGAUGGAACAUUGGUUAUUUACAACUCGCAAAAAGGAGAUUCUGGAAAAUAUAGAUGUGGUGCAAAGAAUAACCUUGGCUAUGUGGAGAAGCUCAUAAUUUUGAAUAUUGGCCACAAGCCGUACAUCUUAACGAGACCUCGGGGUAUCAUACGUGGCAUGUCUGGGGAGCCUAUUUUCCUUCACUGUUUGUCUGAUGGGAGUCCUUCCCCGAGAAUCUUUUGGACCCUUCCUGGAGGCCAUACUCUUACCCGACCUCAAGUACUUGGCCGCUACCAGCUGGUGGAAAAUGGCACUCUAGUUGUUAAGGACACUACCCUCAAUGACAGAGGAAACUAUGUUUGUAAAGCUCACAAUGAUGCUGGGGAGGCAGUUCUCACCAUCCCAGUUGUUAUCAUUGCUUACCCUCCACGAAUAACUUCAGGCUCUCCUUCUACUGUAAGGGUAGUACCAGGGACACCAAUCCAGCUCAACUGUGCUGCCACUGGGAUCCCCAAGCCAGAGAUUACCUGGGAGCUUCCUGAUAAAACAAUUCUGUCAACUGCAGAACAGGGCAGGCCUAAGGGGAGUGAACUUCUCCACCCUGAGGGCACACUUAUUAUUCAAAGACCCACAUCAUCAGAAUCUGGUAAAUACAAAUGUAUGGCCAGGAAUCAUAUGGGUACAGACUCUAAGAUCACAUAUGUCCUUGUUCUUUAAAUAUCAGUGUAAAUUAAGUAAAAUAUACUUUUUGGUGAUUUUUUUUAAAAGAAAUCUCAAUCUUAGAUGGGAAAAGAAACAAGAAUAAAAAAAAAUAUAAUAAACUGUAGAUUUGUCUGUAGAUUUUUCUGUACAGAAUCAUCAACUUGGAACUACCAAGCUGUUUUUGUAAUAUUGUUAAAGAACACUUAUAAAGUCACAGUUUAAGAUGAUUCUCAUUGGACCAAUGCUAAUUGUCAAAUUGGAAAUUGUCUUGCAACUGAGGACAAGUGUAGCUUCCUAUCAGAAGUACUUUUGCUGUAACUAAAUAAGAACUGAAAACUUCUUGUGUUUUAUCUUUUUGGUUACAGAGCUUUAAUUCCCCCUUACAGACAAAUGAUGGGAAAACUUCACAUACAAAAUGCCAAUUUCCUGUAAAUAUGUUUUAUAGUUAAUACAUUUUGUCUUGUUUUUAACAGUCUGUUAAAAAUUAUUUACAGUACAUGUGCCAUGUUUCAGUGCAAAACUGGUAUUUUGAUUAGCACACAGCCACUUAAAAAAGCUGAAAAUGAAAAAAGUGUUUUAAUAUCAUGUGUAGAUACAAUUCAAAUCUAAAAAAACUGCUGAUUUUAUAGUCCAAACUAAAAUAUAUUAUCAACUAGAGGAUUAAAAACAAAGAAGGGACAAAGAAAAAUGGUUAAAGGACACAAACAUGUUUUUUUAAAGAUUUAAAAUAGAAAACAAACCACUAAAAGUCUGACGAACUGAAAUUGCCAUGUAAGAUUGGAGUAGAUCUGUUACCGUGUGCAAUAGUGAUAUUUGAAUUUUUAAAUUGAGUCAUAUCUGAAGGUAUUUUUUCAAAAUCUAAAAAGGACAAAUGAUGAUGUGACCUAGAAGCAAGUUUUUUUUAAAUCUUUUAAAAAAAAUUAAAACAAACAUAAAUAAGAAAAACACUCAAUUUAAAACUGCAUUGUAUCGUGGAAUGGAAUAACCUUAGCUGGGGCAAGUCUUCUCUUCAGACAAGGGACUUCUCCAGUCACCACCAAUCAAACCUUCCUUUUGCAUUUCUCCAUUUUUUAUAGACAUCCUUUCCAUUUGUUUGGAAUCCAUUUAAAAGAUAAUAAAAAUGCUAACUUACUCUUAGAAGUGUUUUUCCUGAUACUGGCUUAACACAGAUUUAGAUAGCUACUGUUUAAUGGAAGUUUCAGAGAUAAAGCACAAAUUCCAAUAAAUCAACUUUUGACAUCUCAAGAAAAACAGAAUAUUUCCUGAGUUUGGAGCCAGGGUAGAGCGGUGUGAUAGAAACCAAGUAAAUAUACAAGAGAGGGAAUUGCCGUCCAUAAACUUUGGAAUGCAGGCUACUUGUUUCAUCAUCG